AUGGGUACAGGAAAGAAAGAGGCCACUCGCCGGGAGCGGCAGGGGAAGGUUGGAGAUGGCAUGGGUAAUGUCAGGGUCAAGGGUGAAAAUUUUUACAGAGAUGCAAAGAAGGUGAAGCGGCUGAAUAUGUACAAGGAUGGUAAACCUCGGCGUGACGCUGAAGGUAACAUCACCGUCGCCGCUUCGUAUCAGUCUAAAGAGGCUCCCGUUGCCAGGAUAGAACCCAACCGUAAAUGGUUUGGCAACACAAGAGUGAUAUCCCAGGAGGCGCUGUCCUCGUUCCGUGAGGCGGUUGCUGAGCGUGCUUCGGACCCGUACCAAGUUCUCCUCAAAACCAACAAGCUUCCCAUGAGCCUGAUCAGAGACGGUCAAGGUGUGAAUGGGCUGAAACAGCAUCAAGCGAAGAUGGCCAUUGAGACCAACCCAUAUAGUGAUACAUUUGGGCCCAAGGCUCAGAGGAAACGUGUUAAGCUGGGUGUUGCAUCACUGGAAGACUUGGCUGGCGAGACGGCCAAGAUGCAUGAUGCCUAUGUUGAGAAGUCCGAUCACCAGACUCAUGCGGAUGGUUCGCUCGCCGUCUCUGGAGAUGUUUCUGCUGCACAAGACGGUGCGCAUAGUACGACGACCACCGCAGUUGAGUCAGUCUUCUCAAAGGGUCAAAGUAAGCGAAUCUGGAACGAGCUUUACAAAGUCAUCGAUUCCUCGGAUGUUGUCAUCCACGUCAUUGAUGCCCGUGACCCUGAAGGUACACGUUGCAGGAGUAUUGAAAAGUACAUCCGUGAGGAGGCACCUCACAAGCACUUGAUUUUCGUGCUCAAUAAGUGUGACCUUGUCCCAACAGGCGUAGCGGCGGCCUGGGUGCGACACUUGUCUAAAGACCAUCCGACGUUGGCUUUCCAUGCCUCCAUCAAUAAUUCAUUCGGCAAAGGCUCUUUGAUCCAACUCUUGAGGCAGUUUUCCGCUCUUCACUCGGAAAGGAAGCAGAUCUCUGUAGGAUUCAUUGGCUAUCCGAACACGGGUAAAUCCUCUAUCAUCAACACAUUGCGCAAAAAGAAGGUGUGCACUGUGGCCCCCAUUCCCGGUGAGACAAAGGUCUGGCAGUAUAUCACUCUGAUGAAGAGGAUCUACCUCAUCGACUGUCCCGGUGUGGUCCCCCCGAACCAAAACGACACGCCCGAAGAUAUCCUGCUUCGUGGUGUUUGUCGUGUCGAGAAUGUAGAGAAUCCUGAACAGUACAUUCCUGCUGUUCUCAAACGGGUUCAGCCCAAACACCUUGAACGUACUUACGGUGUGAGAGGCUCUGAUGAUCCUUUGGAGUUCUUGGCUAUUCUUGCACGUAAGGGUGGAAGGUUACUCCGUGGAGGAGAGCCCGACCUUGACGGUGUCGCCAAGAUGGUGAUCAAUGAUUUCCUCAGAGGCAAGAUCCCAUGGUUUACCCCACCACCUCACACACCCGGUGAGGAGGGUGAAAAGAUUAACGGCCGUGAAGGCAGACUCGGUGAAAUGGGUCGGAAGCGGAAAAUUGACGCAGUUUCAGAAGAAGCAGAGAAGAGUGAAGCCAAGUCUGGUUCUACAUCUGAUGGAGAGUUUGAGGGCUUCGGCGAAAGUGAUGAUGAUGACAAUGACUCCAUCGCAAACCUUGAAGUCAGCGACGAGGAGAGUGGAGAGGAGAAUGACUGA